GGACCGGCGGUCACCAGCGUGGAAGCGCGCCGCCCGCUAGGCCACCCUCGACCCGCCCAGACGCCUCGCCCCGCCCGGAUAUUCCCGCAAGUAGCCGAACCGGCCUGACGAGCCCAACUCGCGGCUCCCGGCAGCAGCAGGUGGCCCCGACUCCCCACAGUCGCGCUGCCCCGUGGCGCUCCGGAGCCCUCUCGGCAGCGCUCGCCGGCGGGAUGGAGGUGGACGGGGACCCGGAGGAGCUAGCCCGGCUGCGCUCCCUCUUCGCCGCCUGCGACGCGAACCGCUCCGGGCGCCUGGAGCGUGAGGAGUUCCGCGCUCUGUGCGCUGAGCUGCGAGUGCUGCCUGCGGACGCCGAGGCCGUCUUCCAGCGGCUGGACGCCGAUAGCGACGGCGUCAUCACCUUCCAGGAGUUCGCGCGCGGCUUCCGUGGGGCCCGGCGCGGAGGACGGCGCCGGGUCUGGGGACCCUUAGAGCCCUCGCCUGAUGCAGCGGAGCCGGGACCCGAACCAGCGGACUGCGGCGAAAACAUGGGCAAUCUGGACGCCGCCUCGGAUCUGUCCGCCCCUUGGGGCCCGACGAACCUGGGCCGGGCUUGGCAGGAUUUCCAGGAGAGACUGGGGGAGGAAGCCAAGUUCAUCCCCAGAAAAGAGCAAGUUAGCACCCUGUAUCAAAACAUCAACCUUGUGGAGCCAAGACUAAUUCAGCCUUAUGAACACGUGAUCAAGAACUUCAUUCGCGAGAUCAAACUUCAAAGCACAGAAAUGGAAAACCUGGCUGUUGCUGUGAAGAGAGCCCAGGACAAGGCAGCCAUGCAGUUGAGUGAAUUGGAAGAGGAAAUGGACCAGAGAAUUCAGGCUGCAGAGCAUAAGACCCGGAAAGAUGAGAAACGCAAAGCGGAGGAAGCCCUCAGUGACCUCAGACGUCAAUAUGAAACGGAAGUAGGAGACCUGCAGGUUACCAUAAAAAAACUGAAGAAGCUUGAAGAACAAUCAAAACACAUAAGUCAAAAAGAAGAUGUGGCAGCAUUAAAAAAACAAAUUUAUGACUUAUCAAUGGAAAAUCAGAAAGUUAAGAAAGAACUUUUAGAAGCUCAGACAAACAUAGCCUUUCUUCAGAGUGAACUAGAUGCUUUGAAAAGUGAUUAUGCUGACCAGAGUCUAAAUAAUGAAAGGGAUCUGGAAAUAAUCCGAGAAUACACAGAAGAUCGAAAUAGUCUUGAGAGGCAAAUUGAAAUACUCCAAACAGCUAACCGGAAGCUGCAUGACAGUAACGAUGGCCUUAGGAGUGCCCUUGAAAACAGCUACAGCAAAUUCAACAGAUGCUUGCGCAUAAAUAAUAUAUCACCAGGGAACACGAUAUCUAGAAGCAGUCCCAAAUUUAAUGGUCAUUCUCCUCAACCUCUGGGAUAUGACAGGUCAUCCCGCUCUUCCUACGUGGAUGAGGACUGUGACUCGUUGGCCCUCUGUGAUCCUAUGCAGAGGAUGAAUUAUGAAGUCGACAGCCUGCCUGAGAGCUGCUUUGACAGCGGCUUGUCUACCCUGAGAGAUUCCAACGAGUACGAUUCUGAAGUGGAAUACAAGAACCAGAGGGGAUUUCAGAAUUCACAGAGGGUGCAGGAGAGCUGUGCGGGUGACGCUUCAGACAUGGAUGUUCCUGAUAUAAGGGAUGAAGAAACAUAUGGUUCAGAAGGUGUGGCUUCUGUUUUAGACUGGAAGCCCCAAGGAUCUGUUAGUGGAAGCAGCACAGUUGGUUCCUCAAGAAAGCCCAUCUCAGCUCUUUCACCCCAGACAGAUGUGGCGGGUGAUAACUCCAAGUCUGGUGGUUCACAGAAAGCUUACAAGAUUGUGCUUGCUGGGGACGCUGCAGUGGGGAAGUCCAGUUUCCUCAUGAGACUUUGCAAGAAUGAAUUUCGAGGAAAUACAAGUGCCACAUUGGGAGUUGAUUUCCAAAUGAAAACUCUCAUUGUAGAUGGAGAGCAAACAGUUCUGCAGCUCUGGGAUACAGCUGGGCAGGAGAGGUUCAGAAGCAUCGCCAAGUCUUACUUCAGGAAAGCAGACGGCGUUUUGCUGCUGUAUGACGUCACUUGUGAGAAAAGCUUUCUUAAUGUUCGAGAAUGGGUAGACAUGAUUGAGGAUGCAACCCACGAGGCUGUUCCUAUCAUGUUGGUAGGAAACAAAGCUGAUCUUCGUGAUUCUGCUGCUUCAGAGGGUCAAAAAUGUGUGCCUGGAUAUUUUGGAGAAAAACUUGCCAUGACCUAUGGGGCGUUAUUUUGUGAAACAAGUGCCAAAGAUGGUUCCAAUAUAGUAGAAGCUGUUCUCCAUCUUGCUCGGGAGGUGAAAAAAAGAACUGACAACGACGACAGCAAAUCCAUCACCAAUCUGGCUGGGACCAAUUCCAAAAAGUCAACACAGAUGAAGAACUGCUGCAAUGGUUAAAUCCCAAACAUCCUCAACUGAUCUAUACUUCAUUUCCAGAAUACUGAAUUUUGUGACUGGUUUGGUUUCUAGUAAAGUGGUUCAUCCUAUUGACACUGUCCUAUGGAGAGUUAGAGCAUGAGAGAUCUGAACUGUACUCUCAGGUCCCUCUGGGACCUCAGCUCUUCUUUGCUAUAUCCAGAAGAACAAUUUGUGCCUUCUGAUCCUCAUAGAGUCUUAAAAGAUAUCAUGUAAAUGUUUUUAAUGUGAUGAAAAAAAGGAUCACAUGCUUAAAUUCAAGCUCCAGAAGAAACUCACAUUACUAUAUUGAUGAGGUAGUGGACUCUGUAGUUAACCUAUGACAAUGUUUACUUAAAAUAUUUGAUACUAGAACACUAUUAUAGCACCUUAGAUCUAUGUCCUCUCUGUCAAAGCAGCAGCUGGCUUCAAAAACCUUGUAGUCCUUGGUACCUCUCAGAUGCUGUAGCACUUUAAGCACAAGGAAGGAAAACAUGAUGACCUGCAGUUAUUAAGGGCUGUGAUUGUUUCUACUUUUUAAAUACUGGAAUAUUGAUUUUUGUACUUCUGAUGUGAGAACAGAAUUUAAUUGAGAAAAAAUGGUUGUAUUUUAGGCUUCAGUGGAACUGGAGAUAUCUAUUUUUAUAUAUAAAGAAAACAUGUUUGCAAAAAAUUUGUAUAUAGAAAGAACUGUACUUUAUAAUCUCGAAAUAGUUACAGAUAGUUUAAAUUCAGUAUGAAAAAUUCUAAUGAAAACAUGUAAAACCACAUACUACUGAAAUUACCAAGCCCUGAAAAGUUGUUCCUCUUUAUUUAAAAUGUACACUGACCAGUGGUUACCAGAGACUGAGGAAAGGGAAACUGGGUAUGCAGUUUCUUUUGAGAGUGAAAUAGAAUUAAAAUUGUAGUAAUUAUUGCAUAACUUAAUGAAUAUACUAAAACCACUAAAUGUUAUACUGUAAAGAACUGAUUUUGUGGCAUGUGAAUUUUAACUCAUUAAAAUGUAUUAGCACUUAGGACAGUUUAAUGUUUUACCAAAUGAAAAUAUUCAUGCUGGUUUCAGACCUUCCCAUGGUUUAAGAUAUAAUCUGCAAUAUAAUACAAAUCCCCUAACUCCCUAGUUUCAGACAGUAACUUUCUUAAAUAAUGAAGAAUAAAAGAAGCAGUAUCCAUGGUUUUUGGAGGGAAGGGAAUUGUAAAAGAGGAAUUGCCAUUGAGAAUGGUGAGCUAGGGUCCUUUGUUUAACAUAACUUCUGACUCUUCAUCACCAAUGAAGUGUUCAGUCUUGCUCUCCUUCUAGAACCUACAGGGUCCCCCAGACUUCCCCAUUGGAACUUCUCUAAGAGCCAUGGAGGCAAUAUCAGGCCCAAGGGUGAGCCUGGCUUUCAAUGAUGUGAACCAAUUAAGUUGCUUCCAGCAAGAGAUUUGAACUUAUCUUGGCUCCUCCAGGUCCAGACUCCAAGUAUCCUGCUGAAAAACCUAAAUAAGAGCUGUCAUUUGUUGUAUGUUAAAAACAUUUCUUUUUGUUAAAUUAAAAUAAUUCUAUGUAGCAGUCAUUUUCCUAUUUAUGAUUUUUAUGGUCAAACUCCUCAAGGUUUUUUUUUUUUUUUGGCUUUUAAAAACUUGCCAAGACAUUUUAAGACUUAUUAUUUUUGCUAGGAAGUUGGAUCCUCAGUAAUUCUGUCAUGAAUUCAUGUUUAAUGUUUUAUGGUUUUUGGUCCCAGAGAAGGAUUCCAGUUCUGAUGAUAGUGCCUUGCUUGUGGGACAUUGUAAAACAAAUUGUCAAAAUAAAUGGAGGUGGGAUGAGUGGUUAUUUUUGUUUCAUGUGGUAUGGUGAAACAAAGUUUUACUGUACUGUGCCACAGUGGUGGGUCUGGAGUUCAGUGAGGUUGGUUGGAGGUGUGCUGACAAAUAGGACACUCAUUUGGGUUUUGUUAUUCAAUACUGUUUAGUAUACGUGUUACUGUAUUACAUGUAUUUAUUUCCUUCAAAAUGUCUCUUUUUAUUUGUCUUACAAUCUGUAAAUAAGAAUGUACCUUUAGCUUAGAAGUCUUAUCUUGAUCUUUGCCUCUGGAUCAUGCUGCCAGCAUACCCAUAUUGAUUCGGAGACUGCUUAGGAGCCUUUGAUGGGCAAACCAUUCAUCUUCAGCUAUCAGAGCACUUAUAAAUAUUUUGGCAGUUUAAUCUAAAUAAGAGAUUUUUAUCUCUGGUUAGCAAAGUUGUUUAAAGAAAGCUACUUUAAAAAGAUUCCUUGCUGGGGGAUCAUGAUUGUUUACCCACAUUUUGUUUUGUGAAGGUGUUCUCUGAUUUAAGAUGUAUUUUCUGUGAGGAUAAGAAUAUUUAAUGCUUUUAACUUAGACUUAAUUGGAUAUGUUUGAUUAUUCCUAUGGAUGUAACUUAUCUUGUCUCUGUUUUUCCUUUGAGAGAUUUUAAAAUCACAGUCAUACUACACUCCUUUUUAUGUACCCUGACACAUUGAAUAAUAUUUUAAUUUCAUUAUGGAAAAUAAUGUUGGAUAAGGAGGCAUUUUUCACUGCUAACUUUAAGCCCCAUGCAUUUCCAUAAUUUAUUUUUUCCACUUGCUGCUUUAUAUGAUGUAUGUGACAUUUGAUUAUUUAAUACUAGAUGUGAUUUGCAUAAAUCCAGGCCACAUAACCUCCUGCUGAAGAUAAAAUUGAGGUUAAAGAUAAAGAUUUAUUUUCAUAUUUAUACAGUGAUUGGCUUCAGAGUGAUGGUUUUGUAGGCUUUUAUUGUAUGUGUAUGUAAGAAAUUUCAUAUGUAUAUAUUAAGUAGGCCUCUGAGAAUUGAAUAAUUGUUUUAUGAUUUUGAUUUAUAAGGUUUACAUUUUCAUGGUUUGGGCCAUAUUUCGUUUAUACUGUUUAUUUCUCUUCAAACCAUUAAUAAUUAUACCAUAAAGUGUAAUUUUAUAGCAAUGCAAAUGUCUAAGGAACUACAAAUAUUUUGUGCUUUGUAAAUUCAAUAAA